AUUCCAGACUGAAGACAAUGUCCGAGUUCUCGGAGAUGCUCACUCGGACAUCACCGUUUACAGAGUAUGGAGAUGCUAGAUGGCCGACUACUACGGGUCGAGCGAAGGAAGGGCUUUGGAAUGGACCCAUACACUGGUCGAGACUACAGAGUAUGUCUAUCACUUUAAUUUACAAUGGCUUACUCCGUACAUACAUCCGAUCGGCCCGAGCCAUAGUCAAUGGAAAACGGCAGUAGUCUUCGGGUUCUGGAGCCACCGAUGAGUAGACACAGACACGCAUGCCCUCACAUUCGUCAUCGUAGGCUACCUAUUUUGUCGUCCCAGCAUGAUAACUUGUACAAUUAUACGAUGUUAGCGAACAGGGUAAGUACAUGUACCAGUGGUUAUAUUACCUGUCCACCUUGCAUCACAGAACCCAUAUCGGCCAACUUCUUCUGCCCCUUAUCCGUAAAGAGCAGUUUUCCAGACGACCAACCAGACAUAAAGAUGGCUAUCUCCAAGGCUCCACAAGGCAGUCGAUGCCGAACCGACAUCGGUAUAUAUGAACCCCGGAAAGGUGAAUUUGCCAUCCACAAAGCGCGGCCGAGGCAUACAUGCCCAAUAUUUCCAGUGUUACUCGUCACGACUACUAUAAUUUAUCAAAUCCUAGCCGAUGAUGUGAAAAAAACUUCCGGCGCCACUUCGGUUGCUGUAGCCGGACCGAGGUGCCAUCAGAAAAUUCAAGAAACAUCGACAAGCCGAGUUAGAAAAGACUCAGAUAUUCUUCGGCGCUUCAAGCGCCUUGCUCAGCUCAGUCGAGCCAUUUCUGUCAGUUGUUGAUGACUCGGGAAGCAGCGUAAUUGACGACCAGUUCUACCGGUUGCUUGCAAGACAGGGUCUCCCAAACCGUGUCCCACCUUUGUUC